AUGUCCGCUAAUCAAACAAUAUUUAUAUUUAUUUAUUUAUUAUUUAUAUUAAGAGUAAGUAUAAUUUAUGGAUUCGAUGCUGGUUUUAUAGAAUUAGUAUCAACGCGUCAACAGAAUAAAGAUACAACACAUUAUGGCCUGACUGUUUGUGCACUUUGUCGUGUAACACUUGAUUUUUUGAAAUCAACAUAUAAUAUAGACACAACAUAUUUAGAUACAAAAUUUGACGAAACCAAUGGUCAAUGUCAAGAAAAUACUGUUCAAAGUAUAAUAAAUCUAUUAAGAACUUCUCAAUUGAAAGGUAUUAAUCCAUGGGUUUAUUCAUUUACAAUUAAAACAAUAGCUUCAGCAAAUACAAAAACAGAUUUAAAAGAAAUAUUUAAAGAAGAAAGUCAUUUCGAUAGUGAAUCAUUUAUUGGAGGAUCAAAAUUAAUUAUGAAGAGAUAUCAAUCAACGUUAGAUGCAAUUUUAAAAGCCGAUAAUUAUGAUCAAGGACGUAAAACAUUCGGAGAAAUGUUACAUACAAUACAAGAUUUUUACAGUCAUACGAAUUUUAUUGAACUUGAAUAUAAAUCACCAAGUGAUGUUCUUGGUAAAAGAAUUUUUCAAAUAGAUGAAUUUGCAUCGAUUAAUACGAAAACAUGUAUUAGUUGUAAUGAUGAACAAUGUCAAAUAAAUACAAAUAUUGAUGAAAAUAUACAUAAAACUAAAUUACUUACAAGUGGUUAUUUUAUACCAAUUGGUUUUAAUUUAUUUAAAAAAUCUAAACCAAAAGGAAAAUGUUCUCAUGGAGGUUCUUUUGAUAGUACACAAGAUGAUGAACCAACAGGUGGUAUUAAUAAAGAUAAAUUAAAUUCUAUUCAUGGUCAUUUACAUUAUCAAGCAGCAAGUAUGGCUUAUAAAGCUACUGUAAAAAUUUUAACACAACUUCGACAAGAUAUUAGUGAUGAAUCUUUUGCUUUAUUUUUAACAUUAAAAAAAAAUUUGAAUAGUCUUAUUAUAUCGAUUGAUACAUCAUGUUCAAUUGGUAAUUAUAUUGAUUUAGCUAAAGAUAUAUCAAUUAAUAUUGUUAAUCAAUAUGGUCAAUUAGAAUUUGCUCCACAUAAUUAUAUAUUAAUAUCAUUCAAUAGUAAUUAUGCGAAGAUAAUUAUUAAUUCUCGUAAACCAAAUGAUUUAAUUAAUGCUAUUCAAAAGUUGAAUUCAUGUGAAAAUUAUACUUCAACAUUAGGUGUAAUGUACUAUAGUAGUCUGAUUGAAGGAUUCAUACAGUCAGAAUAUUCAUCAGUUAUAUAUACAUUUACAGAUUCAGCAGCUAACGAUGGUCAUCUAAAAUAUAAAGCACGUGCUUUACUUCGAAAUAAACGUCUUGUUAUUUAUUCAUUUCUGGGUCAACAAAUGAAAAAACUUCUACUGAAAAGUAAAUUUGAUUUUGUUGGUCAAUUAGAUGGAAACGAUGAUGGGACAGAUUUGCCAUCGAUUAGUGGUGGUCUUACGUAUCCUAUUACUGUUAAUGAUCGACCUGUCGUUUUAGAAUUUGUACUUCGUCGAUUAGAAUGGACAAGAUUGCAAAAUUUAGUUAUUUUCACAUGUAAUUCGACAUCGAUUACAUUUUAUGUUGAUUCAUCGAUUAACGAACUUCAUAUUGAUAUAUCAUCAACAGGUGAAAUAACUGAUAUCAAUCAAAUUGAAUUGCUUAGACCAGAUAAUUCAAUAUAUCCACUAACUACAAAUCUUGUUAACACAAAACAUUUGUAUAUGUGGAAAAUUUUACAACCACAAGUUGGCGGAUGGCGUUUAACAACAUCGAAAUUACCCCAAGCAUUUAAUUUUAAUGUUCAAAUUCAAGGUAAAUCAAGUGUUUUAUGUUCAUCUAGUUUACAGAAAGACAUGGAAGCAAAUGUAGAUAGUAAUGGUUAUACAGAAUUAACAACAGAACCUCUUAUUGAUUCUGAUCUACUUAUUUUGACGACAUGUGAAAAUGUCAACUUUACCUAUGCUAAUAUUUCUCUUGUCAAUCAAUAUGGUCAAGUUAUCGAAAGUUAUUCACCAUUGAAAUUAGAUCAACUUGAUAUAAUAACGAAAAUUCGUGUUCCUCGACAAGCAUUUCGAAUUCAAACACUGCUUCAAUUAUCUAAUGGUAUUCGAAUUCAACGCAUUGAAAAGCAACUCAUUUCACCAACAAUGUUUACUAUUGAAUUAACAAAUCAACCGUACAUAUUAUCAAUUGGUGAGACAAUUCAAAUGAACUAUACUCUAAAAAGUUCAUUAUCUGAACAAGUUUAUAUACGGUUGCAACUAAGUGAUACAUUAAAUUUGAUUGGUAUUAAUGGUAUUGAAAAAAAUUUUACAUUCACUAAUGAAACAUCUCAAAUGGAGUUAUUUACGUUACCAAUAGAUUUUCAACAAAAAUCAAUAAACGAUAUGAUCAUAUUUACUUUGUCAACAUAUAAUAAUAAAACAGAUACAUUUUCAUAUGAAAAUGAUGAAAUAGCAUCUGUUUAUUUCGAAUUAAAUUCAUCUUCAAUUCCAAGGACAACUAAUUAUUUUAUUUUUUUUCUUCUAUCUGCUGGUUUUUUUUUUAAAUAA